CCUGGAUUGCCAGUUUGUGGUGGUGGUGUCUGAGAAGGUGACCCUUCCUCCCCUGGAUCUUGGGUCCAUCCAGUUGGUGGACGGCAGUUCCCCCAGCUGCAGUCCUGUGACCAGCCUGUCCAGCUUUGUCAUGUACCAGUUUCCAGUUGCUGCCUGUGGCAACACAGUUCAGCUGGCUGGUGGCAAUGUGACUUGCCAGAACACCACGUCUGCUGCCAUCACUGUGAGGACUGGUCCAGAGGGCUCCAUCACCAGGGACAGUGUCUACAAGUUAUUCUUCCAGUGCACCUACUCGGGAAGCCAGGAUGUGCAAGUGGAGGCUGAGGUGUAUACUGUGGCGCCACCUCUUCCAGUAGUAGAGCAAGGGCCAUUUGACCUGGAAUUGGUCAUUGCUACAGGACCUUCUGCUUCCAGCCAGCCCCAGUGGAGCCUUCUGGUGAAUGGGUAG